GGGAUGUCGGGGUGUGAUCAAAGCACUGUCGAAUCAUUGGCCGAUGAUCCAACAGAUUCACCAUUCGAUGCCGAUGAUUGUCUUAAAGUUCGUAAAUAUUGGUGCUUUCUGCUAUCCAGCAUAUUCACAUUCCUUGCUGGGCUGCUCAUUGUGCUGCUAUGGCGGGCAUUUGCCUUCGUCUGCUGCCGCAAGGAGCCGGACCUGGGACCCAACGAUCCCAAACAAAAAGAGCAGAAGGCGUCACGCAACAAACAGGAGUUCGAGGGAACCUUUAUGACAGAAGCAAAAGACUGGGCUGGGGAGCUUAUCUCGGGUCAAACAACAACUGGACGAAUUUUGGUCGUACUCGUAUUUAUACUCAGCAUUGCCUCUCUCAUUAUAUACUUCGUUGAUGCAUCUAGCGAAGAAGUCGAAAGAUGCCAAAAAUGGAGUAAUAACAUUACUCAACAGAUCGAUCUCGCAUUCAAUAUCUUUUUUAUGGUUUACUUUUUUAUACGAUUCAUAGCGGCGUCCGAUAAGCUUUGGUUUAUGUUAGAAAUGUACAGUUUUGUAGAUUAUUUUACAAUACCCCCGUCCUUCGUAUCAAUAUAUUUAGAUCGAACUUGGAUCGGUCUUCGAUUUCUUCGAGCGCUACGUCUCAUGACUGUUCCAGAUAUUUUACAAUAUUUAAACGUACUAAAAACAUCGAGCUCAAUUCGCUUGGCUCAACUAGUAUCCAUUUUUAUAUCCGUGUGGUUAACAGCAGCGGGCAUUAUACAUCUGCUGGAAAACUCUGGCGAUCCGCUGGAUUUUAAUAAUGCUCAUCGUUUAUCCUAUUGGACCUGUGUCUAUUUCCUAAUUGUGACCAUGUCAACGGUAGGAUAUGGUGACGUCUACUGUGAGACUGUCUUGGGAAGAACAUUUCUGGUGUUCUUUCUGCUCGUCGGCUUGGCCGUGUUCGCUAGUUGGAUACCAGAAAUCACUGAACUGGCUGCCCAAAGAAGCAAAUAUGGUGGAACAUAUAGCAAGGAUCCUAGAAAAAGACAUAUUGUGGUAUGCGGUCAUAUAACUUACGAAUCUGUGUCGCAUUUUCUAAAGGACUUUUUGCACGAAGACCGUGAAGAUGUCGAUGUCGAAGUAGUCUUUUUACAUCGCAAAGAGCCUGACCUGGAGCUAGAAGGACUGCUGAAGCGUCACUAUACAACUGUGGCGUUUUUUCAGGGCACAAUGAUGAAUGCAGUCGAUUUGGAACGAGUCAAGGUACAUGAAGCCGAUGCCUGCCUGGUGCUAGCUAACAAAUAUUGCCAAGAUCCCGAUGCAGAAGAUGCUGCGAACAUAAUGAGAGUUAUCUCAAUUAAGAACUACAGCGAUGAUAUACGUGUCAUCAUACAGCUGAUGCAGUACCACAAUAAGGCGUACUUGCUUAACAUACCGUCGUGGGACUGGAAACAGGGUGAUGAUGUCAUUUGCCUAGCCGAACUGAAGUUAGGUUUUAUCGCGCAGAGCUGUCUGGCACCCGGGUUUUCAACAAUGAUGGCCAACUUGUUUGCUAUGCGGUCUUUCAAGACGUCACCAGACACACAGGCCUGGCAAAAUGAUUAUCUUCAAGGUACAGGGUGUGAGAUGUAUACCGAAACUCUAUCACCUUCAUUUACCGGCAUGACAUUCCCACAAGCCAGCGAACUGUGUUUUUCCAAGCUGAAGCUUCUACUACUUGCCAUUGAAAUUAAAGGCGCUGAAGAGGGUGCAGAUAGCAAAAUUUCCAUAAAUCCCCGAGGCGCGAAGAUACAGGCGAACACGCAGGGUUUCUUUAUAGCACAAAGCGCUGAUGAGGUCAAGCGUGCGUGGUUCUAUUGCAAGGCGUGCCAUGAGGACAUUAAAGAUGAGACACUUAUUAAAAAGUGCAAAUGUAAAAACUAUGUGGGCAUGAUUAUGAUGCAAACGGGAAUGGUCAACCAAGGCAUCACAUCGGUCAUGAAUACAAUGGAGGAUGAACACCAUCCUGCACCCACAUUUACGCCACCAGAUCUACCCAAGCGGGUGCAUGUGCGUGGAUCUGUAUCGGGUGACAUUACACGUGACAGAGAAGACACAAAUCUACUUAAUCGUAAUGUGCGUCGUCCGAAUGGCACAGGUAACGGAGCAGGUGGCAUGCAUCACAUGAAUAAUACGGCUAGUGCUGCGGCAGUCGCCGCAGCAGCGGUCAAGCAAGUGAACAAGGUAAAGCCUACGGUGAAUGUGAACCGACAGGUGGAGGGACAAGUUAUAUCGCCAUCACAGUACAACAGGCCACCAGAAAAUGAUGCUAACCCUUAUGCGGGCUAUCAACUUGCUUACGAAGUUAAAAAGCUCAUGCCAACGAGUCGCAGCUCGGGCACAGGAACACAAAAUCAAAACGGCGGAGUGUCGUUGCCAGCCGGUAUCGCGGACGAUCAGUCAAAGGACUUUGAUUUCGAGAAGACGGAAAUGAAGUACGAUUCGACAGGCAUGUUUCACUGGAGUCCGGCUAAGAGUUUAGAAGACUGCAUAUUGGAUCGCAAUCAGGCGGCCAUGACGGUACUGAAUGGCCAUGUGGUGGUUUGUCUGUUUGCUGAUCCGGAUUCACCUUUAAUUGGACUGCGGAAUCUGGUGAUGCCACUGCGAGCAUCCAAUUUCCAUUACCACGAACUCAAGCAUGUGGUAAUUGUUGGCUCAGUCGACUAUAUCCGGAGAGAGUGGAAGAUGUUACAGAAUCUGCCUAAGAUAUCGGUACUUAAUGGCUCGCCGCUGAGUCGAGCAGAUCUACGCGCGGUGAAUGUCAAUUUGUGUGAUAUGUGUUGCAUAUUAUCUGCUAAAGUUCCUAGUAAUGAUGAUCCCACAUUGGCCGACAAGGAGGCCAUUCUAGCCUCGCUUAACAUCAAGGCGAUGACCUUUGAUGAUACGAUUGGUGUGCUCAGUCAACGGGGUCCGGAAUUCGAUAAUCUGAGCGCAACCGCCGGCAGCCCCAUUGUUCUACAGCGCCGUGGCUCUGUGUAUGGUGCAAAUGUGCCGAUGAUAACAGAACUGGUCAAUGAUAGUAACGUGCAGUUUCUCGAUCAAGACGACGAUGAUGAUCCAGAUACAGAGCUCUAUCUAACGCAGCCAUUUGCCUGCGGAACUGCAUUCGCUGUGAGCGUGUUAGACUCGCUAAUGUCAACGACAUACUUCAAUCAAAAUGCCUUAACGCUGAUCCGCUCGUUAAUAACUGGCGGGGCGACGCCUGAACUAGAACUAAUCUUGGCCGAGGGAGCGGGCUUAAGGGGAGGAUACAGUACCGUCGACAGUCUGAGCAAUCGUGACAGGUGCCGUGUUGGUCAAAUAUCCCUAUACGAUGGGCCACUUGCCCAGUUUGGCGAAUGUGGCAAGUAUGGGGAUUUAUUCGUUGCCGCUCUCAAGUCGUAUGGAAUGUUGUGUAUCGGACUAUAUCGAUUCAGGGACACCAGUUCUAGCUGUGAUGCGAGCAGCAAACGAUAUGUAAUUACCAACCCACCCGAUGACUUUUCUUUACUGCCAACAGAUCAGGUAUUCGUAUUAAUGCAAUUUGAUCCGGGUCUGGAGUACAAACCGCCAGCGGUUCGUGUACCAGCUGGCGGACGCGGCACAAACACACAAGGCUCUGGGGUCGGUGGAGGCGGCUCUAACAAGGAUGAUAACUCUUGAUUGUUACUGUGUAGCGCCUUAACUGAUGGUCCUUAUUCGUAUAUUUGAACGAUGGAGAAGUUAAUUGUGGACAGAAUAUUGCAGUUGUGGCACAGACAUUGGCAUCACAUUUCUUUCGGACUGCGAUGCAAUUGGCACAUUCAGUUAUAGUUAUACUUGUAGGCCAUAUGAAAAAUGCAUACUUAAUUGUACCACGAGAAGACGUGAACAAAUCAAAAGCUGUUUAAUUCAAUUAGAUUUUCGAUGCAUGUGCUGCAAAUGUAAUAUUCUGUAUUUUUAAGUUUGUGGAAUCUUAGAUAAUCUCUCAAUCAACAACCGACCACUAGGGAGAACUACAAAAGACCAUUCUGUUUCAGAUGAUUCCACAAAUUAAAACGCCACAAGUCUAAGUAAAAAAGACCAACUUCUUUAACAUCCACCGUUCAAGUAUCAGCUGAUUGCUUCCCACACCAUUCCGUAUGCCUUUUAGAACCUUGAAAUUCAAUUUACACGUUUAAUUUUGAAUGUUUUGUAUUUUAUAAUUACAUAAUCUAUUAUCUAUUUUCUGUAUCCAUUAUAUUUUCCUUUUGUUAUCAUAUUUUAGUACUGCAAAAUAAAUAUACACUAAUUCGAUUAUCAAUCUUGAUUUUUUGAUAUUUUGGUGCACUUAGUGUUAAUGAAAUAAUCAUUAGUUAUUCGUAUAUGUAUUAUUAUGUAUCAAUUAGUUAUAUCCAUGCACUCAUAUCUUAUUGUUUCGACAUCGUUAAUUCUAAUUUUAUCAUUUAUAUUCUUCAAUGAGUUCAGUUCAUGGUGCUAUCAUUGCAUAACAACAAAUCAAAUGAACGAAUCGAAAUGAAAAUUCAUCUCAAUGGUGUGACGAAAGCAAUUUGGAACCAUUAGUAAGGUAAGCUACACAUUAAGCAACAACUGAUAAAGAAAAAAAACAUUAAGGUUCAAUUUCAAAGUGGAAUGACAAACUAUAUGAACUAUGUGUACCAUUUGACUAACAAUCUUAAUAAGAUAAAACCUAUGAUUCUAGCUUGUGCAACUAAAUAUGAGAAUGUAGUAUGUACGCAAAUAUGCAAAUAUAUGUAUAUGCACUUCUACGAAUUGGCUCAUGAAUUUACCGCAAACCUACAUAUGCACAAUGCUUUUGCAAAUGUUGACAAGUAUUUUCAAAGCGAUAUAAAACGAGCAAAGAAGCUAUAAAUUGCACAAGAGUUGGCAUCCAUAAACUGCCAACUACCGAUGGAACCAAAGUUUCAGUAUUUAUAGAUGGAUUCUCAGUGUAUUCAAUUGAAAUCGAACUAGCUGUAAUGCUUGUGCUAUAAUAACACAUAACAUGGGCUAUUGAUCGGUUUAAAAAGCUUUCGACACCGAUAUUAUUAAUGCUUAAACUGUCAUCAAUUAUUACUACAAGAACAAAGACAGACAAUGAUACAGAUACAUACACAUUGAGAAACACUUACAUAUACUAACAUAAAAACAAAUACAGAUACACCACACAGAUUAAGACAAAGAUAUACAGACACAGAAGAAGAAAUGCCUGACAUAGAUAUACACUUUUCGAAUGUGAAAGUCAUGAAGUAAUGAAAAUUGAGAAACUGUGAAAUUGUGAAAUGGAUAAUUGGCAAAACAGAAAAGCCUGGAAGUAUGUCAGCAUUCAAGUUCAAAAAUUGCAUUUAGAUGUUUCUGAGCAUGCGCAAAACACGAUUUAUAUAAGCAUAUUAUAUUAAUUUAACUAUAAUGUCAGUCAAGACACAAGUUAUUCUUAAUGAAAACAAAAAUGGAGCAAAAACAAAAGUGCAACACGAACAGCAAUCAGCUACAUCUUGAUUAUCUUAAUAAAAUCUUUGGAAUUUUAUAUAAAAAAUGGUUAUAUCAACAAAAUACACUUUUUACCUUCUUAAAGCAUUAUUUAAGGUAUGUUUGUAUAUACAUAAAAAGCCAUGUGGACAUCGAUCCAAAAUAAGAAUAUGAACUUCAAAAUUACAUACAGACGUCAAACACAAAAAAAAGGAGGUAUUUUCAUUUCUCCCUGAGCUAACUUAGUUUAAAAACAAAUGGAUGGGCAGAAGGGAAUAAACUUACAAAUAUUUUGUUUACAAGAGGAUUUAGUGAAUUCAAGGAUAUUCCACAGUAAAGCUGCCAUAAAAAAUACAUUAAUAUCAACAACAAAAUAACUUACAAAAUAAAUAUUAAUGUAAUGUAAGUAAAUAUUAAAUGUAAGUUGCGCAUUCAUGUCAAUGCUAUUCAAUAUGAUACAUAUGAUUAUAUUUCUAGUGUAAAGCUGCUGAAGAUAUUCAAAAUACGUACAUACAUAUGUAUGUAUAAGUAUGUUACUAACACCCAAGAUAGAUAGACAAAUGUAACUAUCUAUGAAUAUGCUGAGCAGUUGACAAAAUGUAGCUAGUAAUAUUUUUAGUGUGUGAUGCACGCGUAUGCGCUUUUUACGUGCGUGCCUAUUGCGAUUUACGAGCAGCAGCUGUGGUGUUCUAAACAAUUUUUUUUAGAAUAAUUUAUUGCAAAUAUGUACACAUAUGAGUCGAUCGAAAGACCAAAAAACUUUCAGCCCGUUUCUCUCAUCCUCAAAUUUUGUACAUGCUCGCAUGGUAUGCUCUCUGUUUUUGUACAUAAGUAUUUAUGCUACUUCUCAUCAAAUAACGUAACAAUAUAGCUUUUACUUAAUUAUUCAAUGCUCAUUUCACACAUUUUCUUUUAUCUAUUUAUUUAUUUAUGAUUUGUUCAAAUAAGAAACACUGCCAAAGCGUAUAGAAAUCAUGUAAUAUCUACUUAGGUCACACCACAACAUUCAAAUCAUUUUUAAAUUUUAUAUUUUCAUAAACUAAAUAAUUAAUAACACACAUACAUAAAAGUAACCGCGUAUUUAAAAACACUUAAACGAAUAGGAGUAGUACAAUUGUUUUGAUUUUAUUGUAUUCAUUUAAAUUUUGAAAUAUAAGUUAAGCGUAAAAACACAAGUACAGUUAAUCGAAUUCGAGCUUUUAAUAUAAUACAAACAAGUAGGUCAUCGAUAGAGAGUAAAAAUAUUCUAAGUUAUAUUUUCGUUCAUUGUGUUUUCAUAAAAUUAAUAUAGUUUUAGAGGUACUCAAACAGAAUCAUAAUAAAUAACAUUUUAAAAUAAAAUGGAAAAGGAUGAAAAUUGUGAAUAUUUAGAAUGCGCCUUCAAAGAUAAAAAUAAAAAUAAGAAUAGCAAAACACAAAUAUAUGCAUGUGUGUAGAUUUGUAAUAUGAAUAGCGCAAUGAAAUCUUAGCUUAACAUAGCUUAGAAAACAUAAUUAUAAGUAAUGAUUGAACAUUAAACAAAUUAGAUCUAAUACAGUCAUUUCACUAAUUGUUAGUGCAAUUUGAAACAUGCAAAUGGACAAUGAAAAUCCAUGAAAAACAUCUGCAAGCAUCUGCAAAAGACGUAGAGGAUACCCAAAAGUUAAACAUAUUUUUUAAAUGAAUACCAUAGUUUUAACAUUUUUAGGAAUAUAAAGACUCAGACUUAAAUACAUUCAAAUACACAAAACCGCACGCACGAUUAGAUACAACAGCGAAAACCUACAUUUAAAAUAAAACAAGAGCUACAACAAAACGAACUCUCGAUGUUGUGAAACUUGAUAAAAUCAUGUUUACGAUAUAAAGCUAAUAAAAUAUUAAUUGAAAAGGUCAUAGUGUCGAAAAAAGCUGCGCUCGUUUCUUUGUACCCAAUUGCCUGCAAUUCAUAUUAAAGACAUUUUUUCAUAACAGCAAGUUAGGCUUUUAAAAAUUCUUUAAGCAUUCUUAAUAUACCAAACUCUUAAUCUGAUCUCUGAGACGAUCCAGCUUUACAUAAACAAAGAUAAAACAAUAUAAACAUAACACUAUUUCGACUAAACUAAUACUCAAUACCAUAUAUUUAAAUACAACAUUUUGUAGAAAAUUUCCCAAAAAAGAAAAAAAAUCAGAAUAUGUAAAAGAAUCAUAAUUUUAAAUGUAAAUUCAUUUUUUAGUAGCUAGAAACAUACAUAUAGUACUCUGUACAGGAAUCAACACUUGCAGCUAGAAAUAACAAACUACAAUUUAUAGCAGUGCAAAAAAUAAUGUUUUAAUGAUGCAAGUUAAAAAUGUUAUUAUAUUUAUAAAAGGCGAAAAUGAAAAUAAAAUUUACAUAUAAUUUUGGAGCACAGUAAAAACCAAUCACAUUCAUAUAAAUCAAACCUACAUCUACAUCACAUACAUACACAUGCAUACUAUAUCUAGGAAUUAUUUUCAUUACACAAUGUAUAAAUUAAAACAAAACCAAACAUAAACCUAACAAAGUUAUCAUAUAGACAAGAUUACUGUAAUUAGCUUUGUUUUUUUUGUAUGUUUUUUCGUUUUACUCACAAUUACAGACAAGUGCGCAUUAAAUAAAAUUAAAUUAUCCAUAACAAUGGUAAAAUAAAAGAAUAAUCAGAAAAUCACAUUUUA